GUGACAUAUCCUGGACACAGCUUGUAGCGCUCAGCCCAGCUGCCAGCACGCGUGCCGACACCAUCAUCAUGCAACAUGUUCACCUGGUACCCGAGGAGGAUGAAGAGGACCUGUAUUCUGGAUACAAUGAUUACAACCUGGCAUAUGACACUGAGGAUUUGGAGAACGACACGGCUUUUCAGCAAGCUUUGAAGACAAGUUAUGGACGAAGACCUCCGGUUACAGCUAAAGUCCCAGGAACAGCUGCUGUCCGUUCUUUGGGAACUGGAUUUGGACCCAGAGUGAAUCUCUCUUCAUCUAUAGGAAGACCUAUGACAGGAGCUGUACAGGAUAGUGUGGCUCGACCAAUGACAGCUGUUCGAGCGGCUGGUUUUUCCAAGAGAGCUUUGCGAGGUUCUACUUUCGAUCCUCUGGGUCAAUCUCGAGGUCCCGUUUCUCCACUGGAAGCCAAGAAUGAAGAUACACCAGAGGAAAAGAUUAGACAAUUAGAAAAACAAGUUAAUGAAUUAAUAGAAGAAAGCUGUAUUGCCAACAGCAAUGGCGAUUUAAAGACGGCCCUGGACAAAGCAAAGGAAGCUGGGAGAAAGGAGAGAGUUUUGGUCAGACAAAGAGAGCAAAUCCUGUCUUCUGAGAAUAUUAACCUGGACUUGACAUAUUCGGUGCUGCUGAACUUGGCCACCCAGUACUCUGCCAAUGAGUUGUAUGCGGAAGCCCUGAAUACUUAUCAAGUGAUUGUGAAAAAUAAAAUGUUCAGCCAUGCAGGUCGCUUAAAGGUCAAUAUGGCCAACAUUUAUCUGAAACAGAAGAACUACUCCAAAGCAAUAAAAUAUUAUCGUAUGGCUCUUGAUCAGAUCCCUGGUGCACACAAGGAGAUGAGGAUCAAGAUCAUGCAGAAUAUUGGAGUUACGUUUAUCAAAACAGGGCAGUACACAGACGCCAUUACAUCAUUUGAGCACAUCAUGAGUGAGUCUCCGAACCUGAAGGCUGGCUACAAUCUAAUACUGUGCUGUUUUGCUAUUGGAGACCGAGACAGAAUGAAAAAAGCUAUCCAGAAACUGAUAGCUGCACCCUUAGGAAUUGACGAUGAAGACAAGUAUAUCUCACCUGGUGAUGAUCCACACACUAAUCUUGUAAUAGAAGCUAUUAAAAAUGACAGCCUGCACCAAAUGGAGCUUGAACGGAAAGCAUUGGCUGAAAAAUACAUCAUGACUGCAGCCAAACUGAUUGCUCCUGUUAUUGAAAACUCUUUUGAUGUUGGCUAUGACUGGUGUGUGGAAGCCGUAAAGACAUCACAGUAUGUGGAACUGGCAAAUGAUCUGGAGAUUAAUAAAGCUAUAACCUAUCUGAGACAGAAGAACUUUACCCAGGCGGUAGAAACCCUAAAAAUGUUUGAGAAAAAAGACAGCAGAGUGAAGAGUGCAGCAGCAUCCAACCUUUCCUUCCUGUAUUUCUUAGAAAAUGAGCACACCCAAGCAGACCUGUAUGCAGAUUUAGCAGUGGCCUCAGAUCGCUACAAUCCAUUAGCGCUAACCAAUAAAGGAAACGCCGUGUUUAUAAUGGGAGACUAUGAAAAAGCAGAGGAAUAUUAUAAAGAAGCUUUGCGGAAUGACUCAUCCUGCACAGAGGCUCUAUAUAACCUUGGUUUGACGCACAAGAAAUUAAAUCGCCUCGAGGAGGCUCUGGAUUGUUUCCAUAAACUCCAUGCAAUCCUCAGAAACAGUGCUCAGGUUCUUAGUCAGAUAGCAAGCCUGUAUGAAUUGCUGGAGGAUCCCAAUCAGGCAAUGGAAUGGCUAAUGCAGCUUAUUAGUAUUGUUCCUACUGAUUCGCAAGCACUGGCUAAACUGGGCGAGUUGUAUGAUACGGAGGGUGACAAGACACAAGCCUUCCAGUACUACUGUGAGUCCUAUCGCUAUUUCCCCUCAAACAUUGAAGUCAUUGAAUGGCUGGGAGCCUACUACAUUGACACACAGUUUUGUGAGAAAGCCAUUAAGUACUUUGAAAGAGCUGCUCUCAUACAACCAACACAAGUGAAAUGGCAGCUGAUGGUGGCCAGCUGUUACAGGAGAAGUGGAAACUAUCAAAAAGCACUUGACAAAUACAAGGAUAUUCACCGCAAGUUCCCUGACAAUGUUGAAUGUUUGCGCUUCCUGGUCAGGCUCUGCACCGAUAUUGGGUUAAAAGAAGUCCAAGAAUAUGCAACAAAGCUGAAAAAAGUUGAGAAGAUGAAGGAGUUAAAGGAACAGCGUGUAAGAUCUGGCAGAGACAGUAGUGCCCGGAGUCGAAAGGAUGGCAGAGAGGGCAGUGCCAGUAGUGACAGCGGGCAGAGCAGUGGCACCAGCUCAAAAGGAGAUCGCCUUAGUGCAAAACUGAAAACUUUGCCCGGAGCAAAGGACCCCUAUGAAGCGAGCUCCAAUAAAGACAUAGAUGUUUCAUACACAGACCCUCUGGGGCCACAAGUGGAGAGACCGAAAACCGCAGCAAAGAGAAGAGUUGAGGAGGAAGAGUUUGCUGAUGAAGAAUUAGGAGAAGAUCUCCUUCCUGAAUAAUUCCUUCCCUGAACUUUUAGAACACAUCCAGUCUUUUCAUAUAUCCAGAAUAACAAGCAGCUUUGUAAACGGUUGCCUCUGCCUUUUCUUUCCCUAGACUCUGAGAACUGUCAUCUCACGCCCAGUGUAAACAUUGCUUUGUUUACA